GUUUCCCGGAUCCCAUCUCGGGAACGGGCAGCAAUCUCUUCUGAUUCUGUCGCAGUCAGCAACCCAUCCUCACACGAUCUAGAAUGACAUCGGGUUUCAUUUGACCCUUCGUGGGCUCAGUGCUUUUACAUCGUUAUCAUCCCUCCACUGCGACCAGCUCAGCAUGUGCGGUCUCAGUGUUAUCAUCUUCGCGAACGCGGCGACGCCUCCCAGCGACGUGCGCGGUCAGCUCGAGGCGUCUCUCAAGAACAUCAAUCACCGGGGUCCGGACUCGCAAGGAGUGUACGUCUCGCCUGACUGUCGUGUCGGUCUCGGACACGUCCGGCUCUCCAUUAUCGACCUCUCUCACGGUCAGCAGCCGCUUUCGGACGAGGACGACAAGAUCUUUUGCGUGGUCACCGGCGAGUUGUACGACUAUGCCCGGAUUCGCGCCGAUCUCGAAGCCAAGGGGGCAGUUUUCAAGACUCAUUCCGACUCCGAGCUCGUCGUUCAGCUUUACAAGCACGACGGCUUCAAUCUGCUCCCCUCGUUGCGAGGCGAGUUCGCGUUUGUGCUGUAUGAUUCUGCACGGAGCCUCGUUUUUGCUGCCCGCGACCGAUUUGGCAUCAAGCCUUUGUACUACACCAUUAACGACAACCGGCUCAUGAUCGCCAGUGAGAUGAAGGCGUUCUUACCAUUCGGCUGGAAAGCGGAGUGGGACAUCGACAGCAUCAUGCACGCCGGUGACCUUUCAGACGACCGCACCGUCUUCAAGGGUGCGAGGAAGCUUGUUGCGGGCAACUACUUGAUCUAUCGUCCCACGGGCUAUCUCAAAGUUCAGCAGUAUUGGGACCUGGACUACACGCCGACGAAGGUUCCUCAGACGGUUGAGGAGAUGAUAGAGGGCGUGCGCCAGCGUCUCUUCGAUGCAAUCAGGCUCCGCCUUCGGUCGGACGUCCCUAUAGGAAUGUACCUCAGCGGUGGGAUCGACAGCGCCGCUAUUGCCGGAAUGGCCACCGACCUCCUUCGGAAGGAGAACCCAAAUGCCCGCCUUGUUUCGUUCACCCUUGCGUUCCCUGACGCGAAAGGAAACGACGAAGGCCCGAUCGCUGGCCGUACCGCCGAGCACAUCGGUGCGGAGACUCACAUGGUCAACGUCACGGAAGCUGCGCUCGUUGCGGCCUUGGAGCCGACCAUCUGGCACACCGAGCAGCCGAACUGGACGUUCCACGGGCCGGGCAAGUUCCUCCUGUCCGAGUUCGUCAACAAGCAGGGCUACAAGGUCGUUCUGAGCGGGGAAGGCGCAGACGAGUUCUUCGGUGGAUAUGCGUGGCUCCCCGUCGACUACCUCCGCCAAGCGGAUGAGGCUGGUCAGAAGCUCGGGCUGGAACUUCCCUCUGACGCUGAGCGGGUUGCGAUUCUGGAUCGCAUCCAGGGCAUGAGCGUUCCGGUGCUUUCGCUGAGCGAGAACUCGUAUACGGAUGCAACAUUGGCACGCCAGAUGCUGGGCGGGGUUUCGUGCCAUCGCGCCUACGCUGCGGCGGGCACAGCCGGGCCGCACGUUUAUAACCAAACGGCGAUCAGCUUCGCGGGGGAGCCGUAUCCGACUCGGGCUAUGGCAGAGAACAUCGAUCCUCGUGUGCGCGAAAAGGCCGUCAGCGGUGAAUGGCACAAGCUGCACAUUGCAUCCUAUGUCACCGCGAAGACCAUCAUGCAGCAGUCUAUUCUGAAUCAGAUGGGCGAGAGAAGUGAGAUGGCGCAUUCCGUGGAAGGGCGGCCCCCGUUCCUUGAUCACCACCUAGUCAACUACAUCAAUGGGCUUCCUGCAUCACUGAAAGUGCGGCCGAUUAAAGGCGCCGGGCCGGGAGCGUGGUCGUUCACGGACAAGUGGUUGCUGCGGGAGGCAGUGAAGCCGUAUGUGACGGAGGAGAUGUAUGCGCGGCGAAAGCUCAGCUACAAUGCUCCUGCGGCGAAUCGCGAGGCGGGCGGGCAACUGCUGCCUCUGCAGGCCCAUCUUAAAGCGCGCAUCACCCGAGAGAGCGUGGAACGACUGGGUUUCUUUGAUUGGGGCUUUGUCGAGACGUCGCUUACUGGAUACCUGUCGAAUGCGGUGUUUCCCGCUGAUGGGGCGCUCGACACCCGGGCUCAGUUGCUCAUGUAUGUGCUCAGCUUCAUCGUGCUCCAAGAGCGCUUCUCUGUUCCGACCUGGUCUGUGUAGAUUAUUACAUUUACCGUAGAAUGCAACGCCGGUAGCGAUCUCUCGGCUCUCCCGGGAAUCUGUCUGCGUGCUACCGGGUGCCCAGUCUGUCGGAACAAAUCAUGUGCCUAGGUUGUUCCCAUCGUGAGAAGGCCUCUUGUGUCUCACCGACUGUUGUCCUCCCUUCCCAGCCGCUUCCUUUCCGAUUAGAUUAUAUAGCGUGCAAGGGCAGUCUGAGCUGUCAAUCCGCGAUUCAUGGCUGCCCCACCCGCUGCCCCUCCUGCUUUUCCGCCUCUCGAUGACACUCUGGGAGCGAUGGAGAUCGGUGGAGUCGUCGGGACGUUCCUCUUCGGGAUUGGGACCCUGCAGACGUUCUAUUACUUCCGGCACUUCACGAACGACUCGCGCUAUCUGAGGUGGACGGUCGCGUUCCUCUGGCACGUCAUGUCAACUUCGCGUCGUCCGAUGGCUCAUAUGCAUCCUCAGGUUCAUGGAAUUGGGACAUACCGUGUCGGCCUGGCAUGCGCUCUAUUCGCUCACGGUGACCUUCUACGGACGGCCUCAGCAUGUAGCUUCGCCGCCGCAUUCUCUGGAGAUGACCAUCCUCUUCUCAGCCCCGAUUUACUUCUUGGUUCAGGUGCGUGGCUGGCUCUCUUGCCUCCGCAAGCAGUGUUCACCGAGGUCCGUCAGGUCUUCUUUGCGAACAGGAUCCGCGUCCUCUCUGGAAAAUGGUUCAUCACGGUCAUUUGCUGGUUCCUCACGCUCCUGCGAGCCAUCUGCACCUUCGCCAUGCUCGGCGUCACGCUCCACAUCGCGACGCUCAGUGAGCUCGAGGUGCACUACCAGUGGCUGAUGGCGAUCGCGCUUUCCCUCGGUGUGGCGGUCGAUGUGAUUGUGGCCGGCGCAAUGUGCUGGUGUCUGAUGACUAUUCGCACCGACAGCAUUACGUUCACGAGACAAAUGGUUGAUACAUUGAUUCUCUGGACUUUAGAGGCUGGAACCGCCACGGGCGGCACCAGUGUCGCAAUCAUUAUAUUCUUCUUCCUUCGAAAAGAUCUGGCAUGGUUCCCCUUUUAUCUCGUCCUCGCCAAGUUGUUUUCCAACUCAAUGCUCGCCUCGUUGAAUGGUCGACAACGUUUCCGUGGUGCAAACAAGCCAGCCAUCACACUCGAGUCGACCGUCCGAUCGAACGCCGUCACUCCCAACUUGGCUUCCCAUCGGGUCACUGACUUUGAGAUGGCGCAUGUGUCUGCUCCACACGGUGUGGAAUUCGCGUCGGCCAAGGACUUGGAAGCGACUGCGAGAAAACAGAUGUUCGAGUGAACUUUGCACUCUGCCGACACAUUCGUUUCUUGUCUUUCAUUGACGGACUAUCAGCUAUCGUUAUUCGCUAUUGAGAACUUGUGUAUCUUCCAUGUAGAACAUCCAGAUAUAGAGUGUGGAAGUGCUCUAAAAACAGACACGGAGCGGCAGGUCAAUCGACGCAAAGCCUCAUCUUCUAUCAAUGCAUGGUGUCUAUUUUGAACAAAUCAAGCAUCGGGAAUACUGUCGCUGAAUAAUUCAGCGUGGCUUUGCACCCACGGGCGCGGGAGAACAUCACAGACGGGCCACCGAUCCCACUUCACCGUUUCUCUCCAUCCAGGCCUUCGUGUGACUCCUCCAGUCCGUUUCCAGCAGGCUGUACUGACACUCAUCCUGAUAGCGCCCGUUCUCCAAAGGCGUCACAUCGCGCGCGAUGCCCUCGAGCUUCCAUCCGCCGCGCUCGGCCCAGGCCUGCGUCGCCUUGUUCCGGGUGUCGGUGUAUAGAUAGACCCGGUGGAUCUUCAUCACGUCGUACACGUAUCCCAGCAGAGUGUACAUCGCAUCGGUCGCGAAUGCUUUCCCGAAGUAUUCUGGGCGCACGACGAUCCCCGCCUCGCAUGAACAGCUGCGCUCGUGGUCGAUCAUAUAUAGGGAUGUCUCGCCCACGAAGUUCACUGGCGCGCCGUUGGUGCCGGUCGUAUAGAUCGCGAACUGCAGUCGUGUGGGAUCGUUCACUCCAGCUUCUCGGGCUCGUCGGACGGUCUCUGCUGUGAUCUUUUUUGGGAGUCCGACCAUGAACUUCCUCGUCGAAGGGGUCAUUCGCAGCCGUGCAACGGCCUCGUCGUCUGCCGAAGUCCGGGGCAUGAGCACGAGUUUGCCCGACUUGGAGAAGAGCGGUUUGUCGAGAAUCAUGUUGCAGAGAGAGGAUUCGAGUUCGAAUACUGCUGAUGUGUCAUGGCUUUUUCGAGGUUCUGGCCAUCAUGAGAAUGUCCAACUUUU